ACCCCCAACAGGCCAGGAAAGAGAGCUGGCAGCGCCACCAGACGCUGGCAGCCUUCACUUGGCGCUAGGAGCUGUGGCAGGCAGCAGGAGGGCGCAGUGUGAGCUUUAAAAGGAGGCCUGUUUAAAACGUGGAGAGAAAGCAACAGGAGCUAAGAGGAGAGCAGGAUGGGACAUCCCCACAUGCUGCUGACGUUCACGUACCCAUCCGUCCACAAGUCCAGCAGCCUGCAGCCCCACGCGCCCCACGCCACAGAGAAUCUGAACAAUGCUUUAGGCGCCAUCAGAGUCCUCGGACUGGAGAUGAUUGAAGAUGAGCUGAAGCCUCACUUGUGCACGGUGCUGGUGACCAUCCAGGAGGGAAGUGAGUUGCUCUACUUUGUGGGCUGCAUGUCUUCAUCAGCCAAUCAGCCGUCCUGGUGUGACGUGACGCUGUGGUUAGUCAUUUACAUGCUUCUGCACACCCAACGCAACAGAGGGGCUUGUAUGAUCCACACUUUUAGGUGCCUGAAGUUCACGUAUCAAAACACGUUGUUCCGCUCGUGUCCAGACAAGGGCGCCGCUGAGCAGGUGGUGAUUAGCGGCAUCCUUCCGGUUCUGGCGUGGUUGCUGAGGAGCAGAGGUCCUUUGGCGCUGCUGACGGCCAGACUGGUGUCGGAACUCGCCAAGGAAUCUGUGGUGCGUAAAGGGUUCGGAGACUCUGGCCUGGUCGUGGCUCUGCUGUCCGUGCUGACCAGUCCGGACCAGGACCUGCUGAGACACGCUGCCCAGGCCGUCGCUCGAGUGUCUUAUGACAGCUCUAAACAUCAGCAGUCGCUCCUACGCAAAGGGGCGGUGCCUCGGCUGGUGGCCGUCCUGCUCCGCUUCCCCGGCAACGAGGUCCUGGAGGAGGUGUGCCUUCGGGCCCUGUGCAACCUCAGCGGCAUGGGCGUACCGGAAGAUGCAGGGGUGGUGUGGGAGAGGAACGAGUCCGCCACACCCGGGGAGUCUGUCUUCCACGGCGUCUCCUCACACACGUGCGGCUUCCUGUCCUCUGUGACAUUGGUGCGCGUGUGCCACUGGGCGCCGGCGCAGCACGCCAUCAGCAUCGAAGUGGUGCAGCGAUGCUCCACCUCCUUCUUGAACUUGCACGCCAACAAACAGGCCACCGGAUGGUUCCCCUUCACUGGUUUGUGGAGAUGUUCAAAGACCCCAGGGAGGAAUGCCCCCAGGCGCUCCAGCCUGAGCACGCUGAUGUUCCACACCUUCCUCUGAUAGCCGCAAAGACGCUAGGCUAGGCUAGGCUAGGCUAGGCUAGGCUAGGCUAACUCACCGCCACUCUGUUUCUUCCUUGUUUGCCUCAUGAAGUGGACUGUAAAGAGUUUACGUACGAAAAAAGGCAGCUUGCGUUAGAUUCUGUUGUUUUCAGGAUCAGUGUUGUUGUUGAACAACUGAAAGUACGAAAGCGGCUUCACGAUGUGUACUACCCUUCCACAACUGCAUGAAAAAGCAACAUUUUAGCAUCUCACUUCUCUAACAAACUGGGCAAACAAAGCUAAUCUUAGUGUUAACCACUAGGUGGGGGGCUCGUACUGUACACCCCUUCCACGUAGUCUAUGAGCUACUUCUUCCUUCAAGUUAACGUUGAAGUGAAGAAUAUUGGGCUUGUAAUUGUAAUUAGCGCUGCCAUUAUUGCUUGUAACUGGCUGCAGGCAGGCCUCCUCCCUCCCCCGUCCUAACUUUAUUAGACUCUGCUAAGCACUGGAAUGUUUCAUGGCAGGAGACCAGUAACGCAUAGCAAAGUUCACUCGGUGAAAGCUUCCAGAAGAUCACUUGGACAGCAACGCAUGGAUGUUUAGACGGACAUGAUGGUCCAGUGUGGUGUUGAAAUGAAGCGUUUGGGCUGGAUGAAGCACGUUGGUGAGGCCAAGGAAACUUCAGGGCUACAAACUGCAUCCAGUGACCCCCAGUUAAGUUGGGUCCGAGUGAGCAGGGCCGCAUCAAGUACUCGGUCUGGAAUCUGGGAGUGCUUCCGACUACCCAGCAUGCUUUGCAGCAUUGUAAAAAGUUAGGUGUUUAGAGUUGGUAUAGUUAAUGGUGUCCAUCUUGCCUCGUGUGCGUUACCUUAGCUGGUACACGUCGGGCAUGUUGUGAAGAGGCAACACGGGGCUCUUCUUCAUCGCAAACAAACACGUUUAAUCACCAAAGCUGAAGAUGCAGGAAAUUUGGCUCGGUUAUAUUACAGUCAUAUAACUCUGAUCAAUAAUUCAUCAGGAACGUUAGCAUGGAAGGCUUUUAAUUGCUGCUCGUCUUUGCUCAUGAGUGCUUUCAGCUUGAAUCCUGACUGUGUUUUCUGAGAAAGCAGCGCUGUGCCUAACAUGGCCGUCAUCCUAACAGGAAACACUUUGGCAUUAAAGCCCAUGAGAUGAUGGGCGUCUGUGUGAUGUCUCAUGAAAGUCAGCCAUUUGUAUUUUUUGGAAGUCAAAUUGCUCCACGGCCUCCUGCUGUGAGCGACAGAAUGAAUACAUACAUCUGAAUGAAUGUUGCCCCUCAUCCACAAUCCUCAUGUGGGACGUGAACACACUCCUUUCUUCUUUCUGUGCCUUCUAAAGACAUAAAAACUGGUAAAAAGAGGCAACUAAUUAAUGCACGCCAUGGGACUCGCCUAUGAAAACACCUCCAAAAGGUUCCAACAAGGUGUAGUGGUUUUCCAUCCAUGCUGUGAGCGUGUAGUAGCAGCUACAUUCAUCAUAACAUGGAAUACUUCCUUCCUGGGUGCAUUGGUGUCACAUAGCAACAUAGAAAGGAACGCUACACCUAGCAUCAAACACAAAAACACAGCUCCAAUAUGCAUUGUUAACGAGUGUGUGGUGAAGCUAGUCGCUAGCCGGCUAGUAGCUAGCCGGUGUGGUGUGGCGAGGUGUCACUACGCCAGUAAGGUAGUUCUUGGGUGUAACGAUGUUAAUAAGAAUAAUAAUAACAAUGUGCUUCAUAUGCAGCUCACAUGAUGCAAACGGAGGUUUUUUCAGAAGCCUCAUAGGUGGAAUAGGUGUGUCCCAUUACAUGCAUUCUUAGCUGCCUCUUGCUAGCUGUUUUUAUAUCUUUACAAGGCACAGAGAAGAGAAAGACGUGUUCAUGUCUCACACAAGGAUUGUGGAUGAUGGACAACAUUCUUUUAAAAAGUACACUUUUCCUUUAAAUCAAUGUAUGUUUUGCAUCCUUAUUCAUUCAUUCAUUCAUCAGGACUUUUUCUUAAGUGUAUAAAAGCUUGUUCUGCAUCACAUGGCACCAAGACGCCCUCUACAGGCAGGAAUACUUAAUGACAUCCUCUGACCGUCCUAACCUGGUGACCUUUAACCCUCACAGCACUGUCGCAGGUUGAAGUGACGUAGAAGCAGGGAGGAAGAAGGGAAAGGAAGGCGCAGGUGAUGAUGGAGGGAGGAGGCAAGGAUACUGAUGGUGGAAGAGUCGAUGACAAGUGACUGCUGCUCUAUGAGUCAUGUAAACAAAGAUGGCGGCUGAAGGGGAAGCGGUCACGCGCAACACAAGAUAAAGGAAGGCGUCAGUGGCAGAUAUAACAAUGGAGGAUAGAGCGGAAAAGUAAAAGCCAUCCGUCCAUUGAAAUGUCGUUUGCUUGUCCAUGAUGCCAGCUAGCCCCACAGUGGCACCCCCCAUGUGCAAAUGCUAGCGUACGUGUAAUACUGUGCUGCACACAUCAGGUUUGAUCAUCAUGAGACAAAUGGAUCAUUCGAUGGUGAAGCAUCCUUGCGUGCCAUGAAGACGCUCGCAUCUUCUUCCGCUGGGCAACACUCACAUGAACAGGGGGGGGCAUCCAUUGAGGUGUGAUUCUUUGGUGGAGGUAUUUUUAUGAUGUCUCUUCACAACACAUAUGGAAGGUGAAAUGGUGAAAGUUAAAAGUUUUAAGUCUGAUGUUUUUUGCACUCAGGUUUCCUCCCACAUUCCAAAACAUGCAUGCUGGCUUCAUGGAGACUAAUUGUCCACAGGUAUGAAUGUGAUUGGUUGUCUAGAUGUGCCCUGCCAUUGGCUGGACACCAGUUCAGGGUGUACCCCGCCCCCGCCUCUCGUCCCAAGUCAGCUGGGAUAGGCUCCAGCAUGCCCCCUUGACCCUAAUGAGGAGAAGCGGCAUAGAAAAUGGAUGGAUGGAAGAUUUUUGCUAAAAGAAUAAAAGAUGAAGCCUUGAUGCUGAGGUAUCAGUCACUGGAUGAACACCUGACAUGGAAAUCACAUGCAUCGUAUGUUAAAAACAUGUUUAUAGUAUUUACAUUGCAUAAUGAGCAUGUUGUAUUGCUCAUUGCAUACACGGCCUUACUUGAGGUAUAGUGCAGACGUCCAGCAUGUGAGCAGUCCUCACCCUUCACAGUCACACGUGGAGAACACAGCAAUAGUUGAUUAUUCUGUCAGGCUUAUUGAAACUUCCACAGAUCGACAGUGGAACCAGACGUUACUUUUUAUGGUCAAAGCCACAAAACAGAAAAGCUGCAAAAACUUUGUUUAUUUCAAAAGAUGAGAAUCGUAGAAGAAAAUGAGAUUUUAGGCAACAAGUUGCUCGGACUGGCCGAGUGGUUAGCAUGUUGGCCCCACAGCCAGGAGAUGUGGAAGACCUAGGUUGGAUUCUCCCUUGGGCAUUUCUGUGUGGAGUUUGCAUGUUCUCCCCGUGUGUGUGUGUGUGUGUCGGGGGGGGGGGGGGGGGG